AUGGGGCCUCCCCUCAUCAAGGGAAAAAUGAAUUCAGAAAUAUCCCCGGAGCUGCCCUGUCCGGUGGCUAGCUCUCGCCUCUCCAGCAGCCUCUUAAAAAUUGCUGGGCUUCUGGAAGAGGGAGGAGUGUGUGGUAUUCCCACUGACACUGUGUACGCUCUGGCUGCCUCCUGCAAGAAUCCCCAGGCAAUAGAGAAAAUCUACAACAUCAAAGACCGGCCAGCAGAGAAGCCUAUAUGCAUUUGCAUUUCUAGUGUAGAGCAGCUGGUAGCAGCCAAGCCUCCUUUCAGUCCUCUGCUGUGGGAGUUCAUGAGGAAUGUGUAUCCAGGAGGCAUCAGCUGCAUCGUCAGCAAAGGAAACUGGCUGUUACAGCUUGGAGUGGGAGCAGCUUAUGACCGUGUUGGCACCAGGGAUAGCAUCAUGAUCCGUGUCCCUGACCACACGGUGACCUGCCACUUAUGUGACAUCACUGGACCCCUCGCUAUUACAUCAGCCAACCCCAGUGGUGAACCAGACAGCACCCACCACAGCAUGGUCAUCAAUCGACUGGGGCACAAGAUCCAGGGGGUUCUCUGUGAUGGCGACUCAAAUGAGGUUGUUGCUUCCACUGUGGUCAACUGUCUGAGGAUUGAUGAAGGCAUCAUCAGCAUUCUCAGGGAAGGCUGUGUUCCUGCAGCAAAGGUUCAACAGAUCUUUGACAGAGUAAAAAGCACUAUGCCGGGAAGAUCGGCUCUUUCAGUUUCUUUAUGACACUGUAUGACUUUAGAGCUAUUUGCAAUGAAACAUUGGGUGGAGCUGUUCUGCAUUGUUACUCCAAUGAUGUUGAGCUAUGUAUAAAAUAAAUAAAUAAAUAAAAAGCUAAAAUAAAGGUACUUUUACUUUGUUAAAUAUUCCAUUUAGGUCUAGUCUUUUCCAGUUAUUUUACCUGUGUUCAUUAAUGUUUUUGUUCUCCAGGUGUUUUUUCCUUUAGGUUUAGUUUCUAACUUAUUCUUGUAUUCUGCUCAUUGUGCAUUUUAGAUUAUUUUCAUCUGUAUGAAUUUUACCUUUGGUUAGAUAGUUUGUAUAUAUUCUGUUCAGCCACCGUCAUGCUUGUUUACCACUAUUCCACAGCCAUUGUGCCAUCAGUUUAUUCAGCCCACCUGUCCCUGUCAUCAUGCUCAUGCCACUCACCUGUCUCUUCUGCUACUUAAGCUCCCGUUUUCUACUGUUUCUGUUUCUGUUCCAUGGCCGCAGUGUUGCCUGCCAUUUGCUAUGCCUGUUUUGUUUUUUGUCCACGAUCAUGUUUUGUUCUCCUCAUGCCAUGCAAUGGGUUUUGUAAGUUUACUUUUUAUUUUUUAUAUUUAAUUCCUUCAUAUUACUGCAAUGCUCCGGCAUACCUGUCUGGA